AUGCCCUCGGCAGAUCUCACCUCGUCGCCCGAGGAUUUUCUUACCCAAACUUACGACUAUCUCAUCAUCGGUGGAGGAACAGCCGGCUUGGUUGUCGCAUCACGGUUGUCUGCAAACCCUGAUGUGAGAGUAGGCGUCAUUGAGGCAGGAGAUGCAGGGUUUGAUGACCCAAAUUUCACCAAUCCUGGGAAGAUUUCGGCCAUGCUACAUAAUCCCAAGUAUGACUGGAUGUAUCAAAGCACGCUGCAGCUAGGUUUCCGACUCUUUACGCUUCGAAGCUGGAAAGUUCUCGGAGGAUCAAGCGCCAUCAAUUUCAUGGCAUAUGGUAGACCUUCCGCGGUUGACCUCGAUGACUGGGGCACGAUAGCGGAAAAUAGCGAUUGGUCAUGGGCAGGGUUAGCUCCAUAUUAUCGGAAGAGCGAACACCUUGAGUCGGCUGGACUGACCGCCCCUGCAUCUGAUCUUUGUCCCGUUCAGGAAGAGGCUCAUGGUACGCAAGGCCCGAUUCACACUACGCUAGGUCCCUGGCAAGCCCCUAUCGAGACCCCCCUGCUAGCCGCAAUGAAUGAGAUGUCAGGGCUGUCUCGGCCCCAGGAGCCGUGAAGUGGGGAGCACUUGGGAUUUCAUCGCUGCCUCUUUACUAUCGAUCGAAGCACCGGUCUCCCACGUCGUAGUUACUCGGCCGGGUAUCUAUGGCCAGUUUUGAGUAGGUCAAAUCUUCACGUCCUGAACAACGCGGCAGCCACCAGGAUAAUACUUGAUGACAAGCAGUGCGCUUGUGGGGCUGAAUUCGUCUUUGACAGUAACCACUAUCAGGUCACCGUCACACGCGAGGUUAUUUUAUCAGCCGGUACUUUCGAGAGUCCCAAGUUGCUGGAGCUGUCAGGUAUCGGAGAACCUGAGCAUCUCGCCUCCUUGGGGGUCCCAUGCCGGGUUCCCCUUCCAGGUGUUGGGACGAAUCUCCAGGAACAUCCCGUGUCCGCGGUGGUGUACGAGCUAGCAGAUGGAGUACUGUCCAUAGAAGCAAUCCUGCGUGACGAAAGCUUGCUAAAGCAGCACCUGCAACUGCUGCAAGAACAGCAUUCGGGGGCGUUUUCUGGCCCGGUCAGUCUGAUGGGCACCGAUAGCGCCAACGCAUUGCCGCGCAAUUUAUUGGACCCCCGGUCAGCAGAUAUCCAGCUGGUGGGUUUCCCGUCAGCACUUGCUAUUUACCGGGUUUAUGCCGAUUGCAGCAAAUUUAGCCCGGGUCCUCCCCCAGGCCGGAACGCAUGCUACUCGCUCAUGAUCAGCUCCAUGUAUCCUGCCUCCCGGGGAAGCUCCCAUGCGCAGUCUCGGGACCCGGAGGCUGCACAAAGAGUGGACUUGGGAUUCCUGACAAACCCCGCUGAUUUAGACGUUCUCGCGACGGUUGUCAUGGUUGCGGAUAACAUCUUCCAAUCUCCCCGUAUGAAGGGGCAGGUCUUGGCCCGGGUGCAGCCGCCGCCAGAGGUCAACUUGCAGGAUGUAGAACAGGCGCGAGAAUAUGUCCGGGAUCGGCUGAUGAGCUAUCAUCAUGCGCUCGAACAUGUGCUUUGGGUCGGUAGUAGAUGAGAGAUUAUGUGUCAAGGGCACCCAGGGUCUGCGUGUGGUCGAUGCUAGUGUCAUGCCAGCCCAAGUCAGUCAUGCUGUGCUCGGCACGGUAUAUGCGGUCGCGGAAAAGGCUGUUGACUUGAUUGAAAGCACUCACCUUCAUUCAAACGGGUGUCAGUGA